AUGAAUGGGGAGACUACGACAGACAUUGAGCGCGAACGCGCCCAAGCACUAGCCGCGUUGCCCGAUCCUGACGCUGGCAAAAGCGAAGAAGAAAUGGCAGCCAUUGACCGCAAGCUUGUUCGCCGGAUCGACUUCUGGCUCAUCCCAUGGUUGUCUGUUCUGUAUCUCCUCUCCUUCCUCGAUCGCACGAAUAUCGGAAAUGCUCGUCUGGCGGGCAUGGAACUUGACCUAAAUAUGUCGGGCGGCGACUAUAACAGUGCCUUGACCAUCUUUUUUGUCAGCUACGCCAUCUUCGAACCAGCGACCAAUAUGCUUCUCAAACAACUCAAACCUCGAUUCUUCUUCAUGUCGAUUAUCAUCACGUGGGGAAUCAUCGUGACUUUGACUGGCCUUGUCAAAAACCAUAGCGGGAUUCUCGCAGCUCGUUGGUUCCUUGGUAUGGCAGAGGCUGGCCUGCUUCCAGGUGUCAGUUAUUAUCUCUCCUGCUGGUAUAAGUCAACAGAGAUCGGCUUUCGAAUGGCUAUAUUCUUUUCCUCUGCUGCCCUCGCCGGAUCCUUUGGCGGACUUCUAGCAGCGGCCAUCGCUAAAAUGGAUGGGGUUGGCGGCCAACCCGGAUGGGCCUGGAUCUUCAUCAUCGAAGGCCUGGUUACCAUUGCUGUGGGCUGUCUUUGCUGGUGGAUGGUGUUUGAUUGGCCCGACACCGCCAAGUUCCUAACUCCCGACGACCGAAUCCGGGUUCAGCGUCGUAUCCUUGCCAAUAAGCAAGGUAAGACAGCUGACGACUUUGAUAAGAGAUAUAUCUGGGCCGCACUACGUGACUGGAAGACCUAUGGGUACAUGCUGAUCAACGCCGGCGCCCUUGUUCCCAUCUAUGCCUUCUCGCUCUUCCUGCCUACCAUUCUUCGGGGAAUGGGCCACCAAGGGACCAAGGCUCAACUGCUAUCCGUGCCACCUUAUGCUGGCGCUGCUCUGUGCACAAUAGCAGUUGGGUAUAUUGCCGAUAGAACCCGCCAGCGUGGCCUGUUGAAUAUGGGGACUGUUGUUGUGGGCAUGACAGGCUUUGUGAUGUUAAUUUCCUCACAAAAUCCUCAAGUCCAAUACGCAGGAACGUUUUUGGGAGCAGCUGGUCUAUAUCCUGUGCUACCAAACACAAUGUCGUGGGCUAUCAAUAAUACCGAGGGCUCACUCAAGCGUGCUAUUGUUGUGGCCAUGCUUGCAGGCUUUGGAAACCUGAAUGGCAUUGUUUCAUGCAAUAUCUAUCUGCUUAGAGAGUCACCUCGAUUCUGGACUGGGCAUGGAGUGGUACUCGGUUAUCAAUCCUUUCUCCUCUUUGGUGUCUCAGCAUUGAUGCACUUCGCCCUUAAGGCGUCAAAUGCCCGCCGUCGAGCAGGCAAACUGGAUACGAAGUGGAACAACAUGACAGAGGAGGAAAGAUGGAUCGCUGGAGAUAAACGGCCUGACUUCGUUUACACCGUUUAG